GGAUUUUAGCAAAACUCUCCUACCUCGUUCCUCGCGGAGACCUCACGGCUUUCGAACUCCAAGCCCCUCGAUCGAUCGAUCGAUCGAGAUCAAACGAAAGCGAAAAGAGAUGGACGAUCCCUUCAUCCAAGAUCACGACGCCUCCGAGCUCGAGAUCGCUCGCGAGUUCCUCACCAACUGGCUCCCCUUCCUCACUCGAGAUCUCUGCGAUCGCUGCUCUCAAACCCUAGCGGACCGCGUCCGGUCUCUCCGUCAAGAUUCGAUGCGGUCGGAGUCUCCGAACUUCACCGAGCAGAUUGAGCCUAGCGGAUCCCCAAGCCGUAGUCAUCGAGAUUCUCUUACCCCAGAUCCAGUAGAGGAAUCUCCGAGUUGGAGCGAGCAUAUAGAGCCUAGCGGAUGGGGAACGGAUCCUGAAAUGGAACCGGAUCGGAGUUCGGGCUCACCGAAGGUUCGGAUGUCGUGGGCAGACAUGGCACAAGAGGAGGACGAGCUAGCCGAGGAAGAGGAGAAGGCGAGAGAGACGAGCGAGGAGGCAAAAUAUGAAGGGAAGAAGAAAGUAGAGCUGCCAAGGGAGCAGAGGGAGUGGAUUAGAUUCCAGAACGUUGGGAGGAAAAAGGACUUUAUUUCUUUGGAGAGGGUGAAGGGGAAGAUUGUUAAUAUUUUGGAUGGGUUGGAGCUGCACACUGGGGUUUUUAGUGCGGCGGAGCAGAAGAGGAUUGUGGAUUUCGUGUAUGAGUUGCAGGAAAAAGGGCGGAAAUCGGAAUUUAGAGAUCGUACAUAUUCAGAACCUCAGAAGUGGAUGCGGGGGAAAGGACGAGUAACAAUCCAAUUUGGAUGUUGUUACAACUAUGCUACGGAUAAGGAUGGAAAUCCUCCAGGCAUCCUUCGAAAUGUAGUUGCUGAUCCAAUUCCAAGUCUCUUCAAAGUCAUCAUAAGGAGAUUGGUCCGUUGGCAUGUAUUGCCGACAUCUUGCAUACCUGACAGUUGCAUAGUCAACAUUUAUGAACCAGGAGAUUGCAUACCGCCACACAUUGAUAGCCAUGAUUUUGUUCGUCCAUUUAGUACAGUGUCAUUCCUGAGUGAGUGCGACAUACUCUUUGGAAGUAGCCUGAAGGUUGAAGGAGCAGGAGAGUUCAGUGGUUCAACUGCAAUGUCCCUGCCUAUGGGGUCAGUUCUUGUCUUGAAUGGGAACGGAGCUGACGUGGCAAAGCAUUGUGUACCUGCAGUUCCUACAAAGAGGAUAUCUAUCACCUUCAGAAAGAUGAAGGAAAGCUUGCAUCCAAUAGGAUUCAGCCCCGAACCAGACCUCCAGAACAUCCUGCCACUCACAUACAAUUUAGCUAGAAGGAACCAACAUCAUGCGAGUAGUAACAAAAAGCCUAGCUCAGAAGGAAGAAACUUCAACAGAGGUAGGAAAUACAGAGGAAAGCCUACUGCUGGGAGCCAAUAUCAGUCAUAUGACCAUGAAACUACACCUAAUGUGAGACCAAGACAAGUUAUAGAUGCGCGAUCUGCAUCAAGCGGUGAUAAUUCAGUGGGAAGAAUGUAUGAAUCGAAUCCUAGAUUUUCCUCGGAGGAACCAAAUGAGAGUGGACAGAGAUUGAGUUUAGAUCAGAGGCGGUUUGUUGUAAGUCGCAAUUUUGAGGGAGACGCAGAAAUAAGCAGUCAUAGUUUUGAUAACUCUCGUGGGAUUCUUCAAACACCAAAUACUGGUCGAAGGCGGACUAAGGUGGUUAUUGAUGAUGAGUGGCAGUAGGAAUUAAUAUCCAAGUUUUUGUGUUGAUCUCAAAAGCUUUGUGGCCAUGAAUGUUUUUUAUGGAAUAAUGGGUUGGCUCAAUUCUUUUCUAAGUCUUUUAAUUAUAUUUCAUGGUAAUUACACGAGGAAGAUGGAGAGUUGCUGGUACAUAGAAGGGGAUGGUAAUGUAAUUGUACAAGAAAUUAUUUUAUGAUCUGAGUUGCUUUACUUGUAUCUUCUGU